GGCGGUUCAGGACGGCUUUCGAUACCUGUCAACAAUUGAUUAGACUGAAAACAGUGUCAAGAUGAAUACGCCGGAACAGGAACUACGGCUGCAGGAAAUCAAUGACAGUUAUGUUUCGAUUCUACUUCCGGUAAUCAUAGUCAUUGGAGUGCUUAUGGUGUUGGGUUUAUGCGGAAAUCCGCUUGUUAUCUAUUUUUACGGAUGCCGAAUGAAAACCACGGCAUCCUAUAUGUUUAUUGUGACUUUGGCUAUUUUCGACCUGUUAUCUUGCGUGAUAUCUUUGCCCAUGGAAAUUUCAGACUUAAUCAACUUUUACACUUUCGACAGUGCUGCAACAUGUCGCGCUCUUCGUUUUGUAAAUUAUUUUUCUAGUAUAGGUUCCGGGACGACUCUAAUUGCAAUAGCGGUUGACCGAUUCCGGAAAAUAUGCAAACCUUUCGACGCACAGAUAACCGACAAAAUGGCUAGAUGGAUAAUUGUUGCUGUGAUUGGUUUUGCGCUGUUUUGUUCGUGGCCUUCCAUUUUUCUCAACACGGUAAUUCAGAAAAAUCUAACCGAGGAUACAUCUGUGGUUGCCCGGGAUUGUACUCUAAAUCCAGCUGAUGACUACAAAUUAUUUGUGACAAUCUAUAAUUCGUUUCUUUUCCUGUGCUUUAUCAUCGUUUUCAUAGUGCUUACAGCGUUGUAUACGCUUGUUGGCAGACAACUAUACAAGUUGCGUAGCUUCCGGUUCUACGCCACAGGCAUCGAGAGAAACGUAUCAUCUGCUCGUCCUACGAGUUCGAUGACGGUUGCGAGUGACAUGACAAACUCCGAAGGCAGGAGCAGAACGGAUGAUUUGGCUGGUUUAGGGAAUGACCUCAGGGACGGUUCACUUUCGCCUAUCGGCGAAGACGACUAUGCCAACCGUCGCCCUACCUCGGCCAAUUCAAUCGCGGUCAGUGCUCGGUCGCUGAAAAUGGGUCCACACAAAGUUAUCCCUCAAACAAUGGAUCCAGACCACGAGAAGGACAUUGUAAAUGGAGUAUCGGGAAAAAUUCGGCAAACUAGAAGUUUUACCGAAAAAUCAGCCACCGAAAAAGUUCCGGAGAAUAAUCGUAGAGUAAGUUCGGCUACCAUGGCGAACAAGGGGAAAGCAUUUGGACAAAACAAGUAUGGAAGCCCUAUGCGUGAAGGGUCUGCUACAUCAAGGAUGUCAUACGCGUCCACAGCAAACUCCAUGGCGGAAAUAGAAACACGUGACGCGUACGCUUCAGGAAAUAUUGACCACCGAAAGGAAAAGAUGCGAUCGCAAAAUAUAAACACCAAGCGAUACACGAUAAUUGCUCUGUCCAUAAGUAUUGCGUUUGUUCUCAGCUUUUUGCCCUAUUUGUGUCUAGUGAUAUGGUCAACGUUAUUUAUAACUUAUGACCCGAACGAGUUCACGCCAGCACAGCUUGUUGCCAGUGAGCUUUUUCACAGGUCAUUUUUAUUCAACUGCGCCUUAAAUCCAAUCAUAUACGGCUUCCUGAACACGGAAUUCAAGAAAAUGGUUUUCGGACAAUGUGCAAAACUUUUCUGUUGCUGCUGCAAAACCAGACACAAAGAGGGAGAUAUGGCUCAUGCAGAACUUAGUGGACUGUCCCGGUCUACGUAAUUUACGUCAUUUCCGCUGCAGUAUUCUGCAAUAGACAGAACGACCACGUGUGCUAUAGGAUCAUGUAUGCCUUUCUGGUCUGGUGACGAUUUUACACAGUAAAACUCUUACAUGAUUUGUGGAGCAUCACCAAUCGUCUUCCAGUUAUCAGCACAUCUCCUU